AAAUAGUUCAAACGAAUAGUCAAAAGGUUUCAGUGGAACUUGAAGUUUAUUUAAGAAAAAAGAUACUGCAAGUUAUUCGAUCAAAGUAUCACCCGUUGCUUUCUACAACUUUAAGCCAAGUGAUACAUUUUUUUUCUUUUUUAUUGAAUUUGUACUUUGCAAUUUGUCCGGCUGGACAUUCGGUAAAUUCGGUAAAUGAUAAAUUCCAUCACGGCAAAAUAUCGUGUCUUAGACAAGAACCAAUCGUCGGAGGAUCGAUAAAGAAGAACAUUCUGUGGAAUUGCUGCGUGACAGCGUUAAGUGCUUCUGCUAGAGAAAAGACACGAGUCUUCACUAGAACGUCCCGUAGCAGCCAGCUUUUUCGUUAGACGUUGCUGCUUCGGAAUGCUAUUCGUCUCGAUCGAUGCAACGCGCCUUGUCCGAUACCCACUUCCAGCUGAUCGAUCAGGUACUAAGAAUGAUCGACAACCGUGACGCCGUUUUUCGUAAAAUUCGUGAUAAAAAAAGCUUGAUGGACAACGAAACUUCCUUGCACGAUAUAUCUCUAAACGAGGAGUACAUUCUUGACAGGACCGAUGUCAGAGUAAUUUUUAUUACGCUCUAUUCCAUCGUCUUCGUUUUCUGCUUUAUCGGUAACUCGAUGGUGAUCUUUGUGGUAACAUUUUCACGACGAUUACGGAGUAUUACCAACUUCUUUUUGGCGAACCUGGCAGUAGCCGAUUUCUGCGUCGGUAUCUUUUGCGUGUAUCAAACGUUGACAAAUUACCUAAUGAACAGUUGGCGACUCGGUGAUUUUCUCUGCAAAGUAUACAUGUUCGUCCACGCGCUUUCCUACACAGCCAGCGUAUUAAUCCUAAUGGUGGUUUGCAUUGAACGAUACUUGGCUAUCGUUUACCCGAUUAAGUGCAGGUCGGUACUGACAAGAAGCCGACUGCAGCUGGUAAUAGGAAUAGUUUGGAUGGUUGCCGCGAUUUAUGCUUUGCCGAGAUUCUUUUAUGUUGAGACCAUGCAGAAUCGUUUAAUCACCGGCGACGUGGACAUCAUUUGCAUAGCCAAUAUCCAGAAGCACAACAAAACUUUGUUGGACGCCGUAAAUCUCGUCUUUCUUUACUUACUUCCGCUACUUCUGAUGUGCUGCCUUUACACGAGAAUCGCUGUCGGGUUAUGGAGAAGCGGCACUACCCUCGGAGGACCGGGUUUGGCGACUAAAAGCAAAAAUGAUAGCCUCCAUCGUGUUCACAGUUCCGGUAGGAAUGUGCUUCGCGCCAGACGCGGUGUAAUAAGAAUGCUAAUCGCAGUGGUGAUGAUGUUCGCCGUAUGCAAUCUGCCGCAACAAGCACGGAUCGCCUGGCGCCACUGGAGCUCGAGUUAUGAUCGAUCAUCGAAUUUCAGCACCCUCCUAACCUUAUCCACUUUUUUAAUUUCCUACACAAACUCUUGUCUGAAUCCUUUUCUAUAUGCUUUCCUCUCGCGAAACUUUCAAAAAGGAAUAAAAGAACUUCUGAACUGCGGAAAGACAAGAAAUCGGAGCAGCGUUUUGGUCAUGGGACGUACCGCAAGAGAAGCAGCAAUGCGACAAGAAAACGACGAAGGGAACGUAAAUGAUUUUCGGCGAAGUUUACUGGUCUGUCUUAGUUCUGAUCGAGACAGCUCUGUCGCAGUUCCACCGAGUACAGACCAAACCAUUUACGAAAAAUCCAGUUACUAAUUAGUUUUAUUGGUGGAACUUUCAGCCGCGCUUUAUUCACCAAACCUUUCGAGAUUAGACUGUUAAGAGUAUCUUUUUUCAAGCAGAGUCCGACGCAACUGAAACGAAGAUCUCCCUGUCGAAUGACUUUGUUCUUUCGCUAGUUCGAAACGAAAUCGAUCCUAUUCGGGUACAUUCGUGCUCUUUCUCGUUGUAUAUAUAUACUGGGUGUUCGGCUACUGAUUUUACAUAAUUUAAAGGUUUGAUUCUUGACGUCGAAAUAAGACAAAACUCAAGAAUAAAAAAAAUUGUGCUCUCA